CCUCCUUUUAAAGUUUGCGGGGCGGCGGCGGCCGGCAGGCGCGGGGGAACACAGGGGCCGCUGCGGGAGCCGCGCCGCCGCCCAUGUCACUCCACUUCAAGUGACUUCAUGUGAUGUCAGCUGAAUGUAAAAGACAGUGAUCUCACGCGGAGGGGAAGAUGUUUACCAUCAAAAUGUGACAGAGGAGACAGGCUGCAUGGCUCGGAACGCAUCUCCCUGGCGGUGGGGUAAAGAGACUUAGAGAAGCGCAGCUACGCCCAGGCCCAGUCCAGCACGGCUCCGCUCGGCGCGCGCCAUGGCCAGCUCGGCUUCCCUGGAGACCAUGGUGCCCCCGGCCACUUCCAAGGCUCUGGCCUUCUCCAUCGAGCGCAUCAUGGCCAAAACGUCGGAGCCCCGCGCGCCCUAUGAGCCUCGGCCCGGGGCGCUGGAGGCAGACGGCAGCCAAGGCAAGAAACUGCUCAACCUCUGCUCGCCGCUGCCCUGCAUGAUCCCGUUGCAGCCCCUGGGCUACGAAGUGCCGUCCAAGACGCUGCUCAGUUACUCCGAGCUCUGGAAGAGCAGCCUCCGGGCGGGCGGUGGUGGAGGCGGUGGCGGUGGCGGUGGCGGGGGGGCUCCGGUGUGCGGCGCCAGCGGCUUGUGCAAAACCAACUGUGGCGUGUGCUGCAAGGCCGAACUGGGCCUGGCGCCGUCUGCGCUGCCCGCGGGGAGGGUCAUCAAGCCGCAGGUCAUUAACCAGGCGGUGGGGCUGCCGGCCAGCGGCUCCCUGUACUAUUUCAACUACCUGGACUCAGCCGCGUACCCGCCGUCUGAGCUGCUCGGCGGCCACCUCUUCCCCUCCGGCCUCCUCAACGCCCAGACUCCCGCCGCCCUGGCUGCGCACCCCAAGCUUUUUUUGCUGGAGAACGCCAAGCUGGCCAGCCUGGCCGCGGACAAGUUUCCCCACCCGGCCCCUUAUGCCCACAAGGAGCGCUUGCCCGCGCCGCUGGAGCAGGUGCUGAAGGAGAACUCCACCCUCACUGCCGAGCGCGGCGGCGUCAAGGGCCACAGCAAGCUGCCCGGGGGCUCCGCAGACGGCAAGCCCAAAAACUUCACCUGCGAGGUGUGCGGCAAGGUGUUCAAUGCUCAUUAUAACCUCACCCGCCACAUGCCCGUCCACACCGGAGCCAGACCGUUCGUGUGCAAAGUCUGCGGCAAAGGCUUUCGCCAGGCCAGCACGCUCUGCAGACAUAAAAUUAUCCACACGCAGGAAAAGCCGCACAAGUGCAACCAGUGCGGUAAAGCCUUCAACCGCAGCUCUACGCUCAACACGCACAUCCGCAUCCACGCGGGCUACAAGCCCUUCGUCUGCGAAUUUUGCGGCAAAGGCUUUCACCAAAAAGGGAAUUACAAGAACCACAAGCUGACCCACAGUGGCGAGAAGCAGUACAAGUGCACCAUCUGCAACAAGGCCUUCCACCAGGUCUACAAUCUGACCUUCCACAUGCACACCCACAACGACAAGAAGCCUUUCACCUGUGCCACUUGCGGCAAGGGCUUUUGCAGAAACUUUGAUUUAAAGAAACACGUGCGCAAACUCCAUGACAGCGUUGGCCCCACCGCCCCUUCCACAAAAGACCUGACACGGACAGUGCAGAGCUGAGAGCCAUUGCCUGGUCCUCCUCUCCCACCCCGGGCCGACCCGCAAACAGAUCACCUGUAUAAACUUAUUUCUAAAAUGAAAAGAAACUAUAGCAGAGAGGCUUAAAAAAAUCUAUUUAUCAAAACCAGCCUAUUUUUGGAAAGCUAAACGUUUCCUCGAUGACUGGCAGCAAACGCGUGGCUCCCACCUUUGUAUAUUUGGGAAACUUAUUUAAAAAUACAGUGCGCGGCAACAUUAUUUAAUUUCAGGUCUCCGUAUCUUCUUGGUUUUUAACCCCAGCUUGUCACGUGAACAGACCGGAAGAGCGCGGUGCCCCCAGCCAUCUUUAUACAGUCAUGUAAAUCCUCCUGUACACGCGAUCACGGAAUAUACAUAUAUAUAUAUA